CUAUGAAAACUCAACAACAAAACUCUGUAUUGUAACAGAAGAAAUAAAACAAAAUUUGAAGAACACUCAGCACAUCAAUGGAGUAAUUUCCCAUCGUUUUCGGCAGUAGAAGCAGACGACGAUGGCGGAGAACUGAAGUAACGGCGGAGCUGCUUCGUCAGAAUUGCAUCCGCAGGGCUGCAAAACCACAUCCAUGGCUCCGGCUUCAUCGGCGCAGGAGUAGACGACGACGGCCGAGAAUUGAAAUUGCCUAAAUAAGUGCGGAGCUGCUUGAUCACCACUGCAUCCGCUGGACUGCAAAACCACAUCCACGGCUCCGGCAUUCCUGUUGAAUACGAGCUUUUUUUCGGUUGCUGCAGACUACUCGCAGUAGCAGCGAAUCGAUUGUUCAGUUUAACCGAAAAAGAAGAACGAUUGUUCAAUUUUCUGAUGUGCUAUGUCCUGCUUCCAAUCUGCCGUCGUCGCAUUGCGAACUGUUUACCCCAAUGCCGUCGUCUGGUCGGAAGAGAAUUUGUUGGCGGUGGCGUGUGGCGCCGCUGUUAUAAUUCUGAAUCCUCAUAAUCCUAAAGUUCGUGGUGUGAUUACCGUUCCAUCUAGCAAGCGCUUCCCCACUGGGAAGAUUGAUGUUGAUGGCGGAGGUGCUGAUUUGCUAAAUGGGUGCUUGCUUCCUUAUCAUUUAUCAAGGGAAACUCGUCCUUGUGUUCGGUCGAUUUCUUGGUCUCCUGCAGGUCUCGCCAACGAUGCUGGUUGUUUGCUUGCUCUUUGCACCACCAGCGGGCAUGUGAAGCUUUACCGUCGUCCACAUUGUUCUCCGGAGUGGAUAGAGGUUGUGAAUAUAUCUGAAGUGUUAUAUAAUUACUACAAGAGCACCAAUUUUGGGGAGUGUCAAAUUGUACCCUUGGAAGGUUCUGAUGUUAUACCAAGACAAGAUACUGCAAAUAAAGGUACACGUUUGAGAAAGUGUGUCAACCGUAGAAGACAAAAAACAGCUAAUGUAGUAUCAGAAGACCAUGAAAAUCUGGGUGAGAAGAACAAUUGGCAAAUUAUUUCCUCCUCUUUCUAUGAAGGGAACCCUCUGGCGGAAGUGACCGAAGACUGUCUCCCAUUAAUAUCUGCACAGCAGUAUGCUUCUCGCAAUGAAAUGCUAAUGUCACUUAUUAUUGCUUGGUCUCCAAUUCUAGAGACAUCUGGAGACGAUGUGGCUUUACCUUCUAGCUCUUCUAAUUGCUGCUCAAUUCUUGCUGUUGGUGGAAAGUGCGGUAAAAUUUCAUUGUGGAGAGUUUGUGCACCUGAGUGCUAUUCUACUGAUAAUGAUGGGCACGCGAGUGAGGUUCGACUUGUUGGCCUUGAGAAGGCACAUGAUAGCUGGAUUACAGCAAUUAGUUGGGUUGGAUAUGGGUCUAAUGAUUCAAAGACCCAGUUUGCAUUGGCUACUGGGAGUUCUGAUGGUAGUGUGAAGAUCUGGCUGGUAAAUGGUGAAAAUUUACUCAAGGCGUCUGAAGUUAUCAAUGAUUCAUUAUCAUUGUUGAAGGAGGUUGCGACGGUUGAUUCUUCUAUGAUAUCUGUACUUUCACUUACUUUGCCCGCACGAUCACCAUCGAAAUUGUUCUUGGCUAUUGGCAAAUGUUCCGGAUCCUUUGAAUUGUGUACCCUUGACACAACUACUGGUGAAUUUGACAAUGUUGGCUGUUAUAAUGCACAUGACUGCACGGUUUCUGGUUUAGCUUGGGCUUUUGAUGGACGUUGUUUGUACAGUUGUAGUCAGAAUAACUCCUUGAAGAGCUGGAUUUUCGUUGGAGAUUCUCUGUCUGAAGUGCCAAUUCCCUCGAGCAGUCCUGGUUUGAAGAGCUCCACAGAGUUUGGUCAUGCAUUAGACUCUUGCUUUGGUCUAACGGUAUCUCCUGGAAAUUUGGCAGUUGCUGUGGUUCGCAGAUAUGACAGUGAUCUACUAGAUCCGAUGUAUGAGGGAAGAUCUCAUAAAUCUGCAGUUGAGUUCCUUUGGGUUGGAGGCCAACAAUUGGACCCUUCUGUUAUUACAUCUUCAGAGAUAGCAAAGGAAACAUUUCCUGGAUUCCCGGAGAAAGAACUGACUUGGUGGGAAAUAAUUAUACUCGGGCGACUGAACAAGUAUGAGAACCCCAACAGGCUUCUGAACAUUUUCGAUAUCUUAGCAGCUCUCCGAGCCUUCAAGCAGUCUGCACCCAAGUAUGUAGAGCAUAUCCUGCUGAAAUGGCUGGCAUCUUGCUUACGAUCCAAGUUUGAAAUAUCUCGUGAAUUAUUAUCUGAAGCGCCUAAACUUCUACCCACGCUCUCAUCCCGUCAGUUGCACCUCAUAAACAUAAUCAGCAGGCGAGUGGUGCUGAAAGAAUUCAUGACUGAGAACGUGAGUGGAAAAGAGCAUGUAUUAGAAGGCUUGAUUGGUGACAAGAAAGAAGAAAUAAAUUUGUGGAUGGACUUACUACUUAGCUGUGAAAAAGAACUCUUGUUGAGGCUUGUCAGUAUUAGUAUUUCUGCCAUAUCCCCACCAUCCAAUUCAGCAGAAAAAUUUUCCAGAGUUGGAGGUGAUGGAUUGCCACAGAUGAAGCAGUGGCUUUUGCAAAAUGUGAAAGAUGAUUACAAAUUCCUUGCAGCAGAAAUUAGAGAGGUUAAGAAGAGGAAACUAGAGGAAACCUCAGAACUCGAAGUGCAUGAGCGCUGCCACUUCUGCACUGGCAUUGUGCCAUUCGAAUCAACUGAGUACGCAAAUUGCUCCGGAGCGAUAGACAAAAAUGGGGUUAAUCGAACGCACAAGCUUCAAAGGUGUGCAGUUACUCUCCAGAUUCUACCAACCAAGCCCUCCUGGUAUUGUAUGUGUUGCCAUAGACGGGCUUCAAAGAUGGCGCCCAGCCUUUUGUUCGCCAUGCCCAGGUAUCCUUCCGAUUUCAAGUCUGUCGUAGAGUCGUCUACCCACAAGCAUACCUCGACACCAGGCUGUCCCUUCUGUGGUAUACUUCUAUAUAGAUCGCAACCGCAAUAUUUUCUGUCACCUUCCCCAGUUUAAACCAGAGUCUUCCUAUCUUCCAAUUGCAAUGCUUUGCUUAUAGAAGUAUGAUGUUGAUUUGUGGAAAAUAAAAGCAUUGAUGGGAUCAAAGUUGAGAAUAUGCUACUAAUGUCACAUUCAUAGGUUGUGAAAGUCAUUGAAGAUACAGUUGAAUACAUUAUGUACAGUAUGCUGACUUUAAUGAUUAGUUAAUUAUGAUUACUGCAAGGAAAAAAAUGCUGCAUUUUCCA